AUGGCUUGCAGGGACAUUAUAGAGAUAUCUGCUGAAGGAUUACCGGCACUAGACUAUAUAUCUGGACUAGUUCAAGACGAUGGAGCUGGAGCUAUCACUACAUUCUCUGGUACAACGAGAGACACAUUUGAAGACAAAGCAGUAGUCGAAUUAGAAUACGAAGCGUAUAUACCCAUGGCAAAGAAAGUGUUGAAAGAAUUGAUUCAAGAAGCUCGAGAGAAAUGGGAUUUAAAGCAUAUAGCGAUAUAUCAUCGAACCGGUAUCGUGCCCGUCGGCAAAGUCAGUGUGGUAGUAGCUACAUCCUCCAAGCACAGAGCUGAUUCCAUGGAUGCAGCACGCUAUCUUAUAGACGAACUCAAAUUUAGAUGUCCGAUCUGGAAAAAAGAGGUGUAUCAAGAUGGAAGUGAAUGGAAAGGAGCAUGUCAUGGGUGCAAAAAGCAUUAA